AUGACAUCUAAGCCUCUGAGUCACAAUGCCUACAGCGUCGGAUGGAUCUGCGCCCUAUCAGAGGAGCGAACAGCUGCAACAGCGAUGCUAGACGAGAGGCACGACCCUCUUCCAAUGUCCAAUCCACACGAUGCCAAUUCUUACACCUUAGGGGCCGUCGGUAAGCACAAUGUCGUUUUGGUGUGUCUUCCCGAAGGCGAGAUAGGAACCAACUCGGCUGCAAGCGUAAUUAUGCAGCUGGUGAAUUCGUUCCCGUCCAUCAAGUUCGGUCUCUUGGUAGGAAUAGGCGGCGAGGAGCUCGCCAAGAAAUGGCCAAGGCUUGCUUCUAAAUAUACUUGGAAUGAUGUGCUUACAGACACUCUGUUUGUACCAGAGAACGCGAAGCCCACAAACAACGCAUGGCAGACAAUAGCAACCCUCAUGGGCUAUCUGCCAGGAUAUAAAGAACCCAAGCUCAUCAGAAGGACCAAUAAUGCUGAUGCAGAGGUCAUGGAUGACGAAAGAACGCCCGGUGAUCCGGAAAUCCACUACGGAUUGAUUGCGUCGGGAAACCAGGUCAUCAAAGAUGGUUCCAUGAGGGACGAAAUCAAUGCAAGAUCGGGCGGCAAAGUCCUCUGUGUGGAGAUGGAGGCAGCGGGAAUGAUGAACAACUUCCCACGCCUUGUCAUUCGAGGAAUAUGCGACUAUGCAGACUCGAAAAAGAAUGAUCACUGGCAUGGAUAUGCUGCAGGUAUAGCAGCGGCGUUUACAAAGGAACUUUUGCAGAUAGUGCGACCUGCAGAAAUUGAUGGGGAGCCUUCGGCGAGAGAUGUUUUGAAUCAGGUCUACCAAAGUGUGGGCCACAUCCAGUUGAAGAUGGAUCAAGUAGAAGAGAAACAGAUACUCGACUGGCUUACACCUACAGACUAUGGGUCAUUGCACAGCGACUACAGCAAGCGGUUCAACCUGGAACUGGGCAGUGGUUCCUCGAACGAAGACGAUUCCAAAAUUGGAUUACGGGUAGCCACAAUACAUUCUUAUGUCUAUCUCAACUACAACAGGCAGGAAGAUCAAGAUGUCCAGAAGUUGCUUGCGAGUCUGUUGAAGCAACUUGCUGGGGGCUGCCAUCCUCUACCAGAAAGCACCAAGGAACUGUAUAAUGAACACUUGAGGGGAAGGACACGAGAAUCGCUUGAAGAAUUGAAAACGGAUCUUAGGCGUGUUAUCACGAAAUACUCCGAAGUCUUUAUCAUUCUCGAUGCCCUUGACGAAUGCCAAUAUUUCGAAUUGAACCUCUUCCUUUCUACACUGUUCGAGCUCCAAAAGGAGCAUGUGAUGAGAAUUUUGACAACCUCGAGACCUAUUCCAGAGAUCAUGGAUUGGUUCGAUACUCUCAACAGCAUCAAGCUACAGAUACGCGCCAAGGCCAGGGAUGUGACCAAGUACAUAGACGCCCAUAUAGACAGAUCACCUAAAGUCGCUCGUGAAAGUCCGACUCUAAGGAAUGAGAUCAAGUCGGAUAUAUCUGAAGCCACCGAUGGAAUGUUCCUUUUGGCUCAAAUAUAUCUUGUUUUGCUUCAAGACAAGACGACGGUGAGCGACAUACGCAAGCAAUUAGUAAUCUUCAAAUCCCGGAAUACAGAGAACAAGGGUGAUCGAAAGGGGAAAAUACUUGCCUAUGCGUACGAACAAGCUAUCGAUAGAAUUAGAAAUCAGAAGGAAGGCAUUAGAAACCUAGCAAUGCGAGCGCUGGCAUGGGUCACACUCGCAAGGAGACAAAUCACCACAUCAGAGCUUCGGCAUGCUCUUGCAACGCAACAAGGGAUGACUACACUCAGCCACGACGACUUGCCUGAUCUCGCAGACAUAGUCUCAGCUUGUGUGGGAUUACUUACUGUCGAUGAAGAAAGUCGCAUAAUUCGGCCGGUGCACUAUACAACGCAUGAAUAUCUGGAGCAAACUCACAGUUGUUGGUUUCCCAGCGCUGAGGAGUCGAUCUUGAGAAGCUGUCUUACAUGUCUUUUAUUUGACGUCUUCGAGUCCGGAUCUUGUCAAUCAGAUGAGGCAUUUGAACACAGAAUACGAUCCUUUCCGUUAUUUCAUUAUGCCGCGAAUCACUGGGAAUGUCACCUUUCUCACAACACGGGAGCCAUGGAAGACGUGAUACAUUUUCUCGAGAGCCAACCUAACGUUGAGGCAUCGAUGCAAGCACGAUUCUUUGAGAAGCAGCACCCUCUACACCACAAUUAUAGCCAGAAUUUUCCCUCGGGAAUGACAGGACUGCACGCGUCUGCAGUCUUGGGGCUCACGGAAGCUCCAAAAUUGCUCCUUGGACGUGGUCACGGUCCAGACGCAAUAGACGAUUACAAGUUUACUCCCUUAUCAUGUGCCUCUUUCUACGGCCACGAAGCUGUAGCUGAGCUAUUGGUAUGUGCGGGAGCAAAUCUUGAAGUAAAAGACUUGAGAGUUGGACGCACGCCGCUCAUACAAGCUGCCGCAGAAGGGCAUGAGGCCGUAGUCAAGUUGCUUAUAGAGAAAGGAGGUGAUGUUAAUGCACAAGAUGGGGUUGGCCGAACACCGCUAUCUGUUGCUGCGUUUUACAAACACAAGACGGUGAUCGAGCUACUCUCACAGAGCGACGGCACCAUUGACGCCAAAGAUUCCUUCGGUAAAGCAAGUUUGUUUUACUCUACCGGUCUACGUGCUAUGAACAUGUUCCCCUGGGUUGGCGCAAAGGAGAAACCAAAUGUGACUCAAAAUAAUACGCCGUCAAAACCCAAUGAUGUCGAUAUUCAUCAGUUAAUGGAGAGCGGCGCGGAUUUGAGUGCGAAAGACGACGGUGGCCGUACACCGCUUUCGCAUGCUGCCGAAUUUGGAGAACUCGACAUCGUCCAGUCACUUAUUGAGACGAACAAGGUCGAUGUAAACGAGGCAGAUGGUGAAACUGGCAUGACACCACUGCACUGGGCUGUGGUAAACGGUCACCUCUCUGUCGUGGAGCUUUUGGUCAGUGCUGGAGCGCAGCUCGAGAUGAAAGAGAUGCAAUAUCAAAUGACGGCUUUGGUAUUAGUUAUUCACCAUAAGCAGAAGCCUAUCUUUGACUUGUUGCUUCAAAAAGACGCCAACGUACACGUAUCGGAUGUAACCAGCGAAACGACUCUGUAUCACGCCGCCCGUUGGGGAGAAUUGGCCGUGAUUCAACAAUUGAUAGACAGAGGCGUCGAUGUAAAUGCCAGAAUUGCUGAUAGCUACACCGCCAUAUUUCAAAGUAUCCGACAAGGCAAUCUCGGUGCCGUAAAGCUGUUGGUCGAAAAAGGUGCUGAUGUUGAUGCUUCAACACAAGAUGGAUACACGCCCCUUCACUGCGCUGCCAUUGGAAACAUCGACAUAACAAGGAUGUUGGUGGAAAGAGGUGCCGAUGUCAAUGCGAAACACGAUGGCCAUACAGCACUACCUCUAGCUGUCGUGACUGGAAAUAUCGACAUCGUAAGGCUGUUAGUCCAGGCGGGUGCCGAUGUCGAUGUCAGAGUACACCACAGCGCAACACCAUUGAUGAUGUCUCCAUGGUACAAUCUCUACGACAUCAUCCAACCGUUGGUAGAUUUGGGCGCCGAUGUCAACGCGACGGAUAAACUUGGUAAUUCACCGUUAUUGUAUGCUAUUUUCGCCGAUAACGUACGUAUGGUCGAGUUACUGGUAGGGAUGGAGGACAUUGAUGUCAACAGCCCAGAUCCCGAAGGAAAGACACCGAUUUAUUUCGCCAAGUGUUUGAAGAGGCAUAGAAUCAUCAAAACUCUACUUGAAUCGGUAGCUUUCUCGUUUAAAAAGAAAGAAAAUAUUGUACACCCGAAGGAUGGCGAGAUGAUGAUGGUCGUUCAACGUUAUUUCAUGCCAUUGCAGAGAUGCGACGGUGAAGCCAUCGUGGAGUUGAUGAUGGAUGCAGUUGACGUCCGCAGCCCAGAUGCGACGGGCAUGACGCCGACUGCCUUUGCUUCAAACGUGUAG